CUUGAUUAUUGCGUGAAAGCGUGAGUUCACACUGCAUUAUUAUUGGUUUAAUUUUGCAGCACGAUCGUAUGAUUGUGAUAAAAUUAUUGAUGUCGAUAAUAAUAUGGAAACAAUGAAAUUUCACACAUAAAUAUGUAUCAGUGAAGCGAAUAAAGUAUUAUUUAGGUAUUGUAGUGUAAUAGUUAAGUGAAAUCUAUAAACAAUGUUUGAUUACAAGUAUUUAACUCGGGAACACCUCGAAGGUUUCGAUAAUUAUAAGUAUAUGGCGAUAGACACAAGCCCCUUGAGUGUGUAUGUUAUGCACCCAUUUUGGAACAAAGUUGUUGAGCUAUUCCCCCGCUGGGUGGCGCCAAAUGUUCUAACCUUCGCGGGCUUCCUUCUAACAGUCCUUGACUUCCUCCUACUAUCUUAUUACGACUAUGACUACACAGCGGCGAGUAGCCCUCUACACAACGACACCACGACUGUGGUGCCACUGAACGGCCAUACGGAUAGAAUACCGCAAUCGCUCUGGUUGGCACUUGCUGUGUUUCUCUUCCUAGCUUACACACUUGAUGGCAUCGACGGCAAACAAGCUCGUCGGACGCAAACGUCAGGGCCUUUAGGUGAAUUAUUUGACCAUGGGCUCGACUCAUACUCAGUGUUCUUCAUACCUGCGUGCCUGUACUCCAUAUUCGGGUGCCUAGAUUACUCUAUACCGCCUAUUAGAAUGUAUUACGUAAUGUGGAACCUCCUCCUCAACUUCUACAUCAGCCACUGGGAGAAAUACAACACUGGCGUCCUGUUCCUACCCUGGGGUUAUGACUUCAGCAUGUGGGCGUCAACCUUCUUCUUCUUAUCCACGUACAUAAAUGGCACAGUGUUCUACAAGCGGCAAUUGUUCGCGGGCUACACGCUCGCGAACGCGUUCGAAGCGCUCGUGUACGCGACCGGCGUGUUCACUAAUCUGCCCGUCGCUUUAUAUAACAUAUACAAAUCGUACAAACUGCGAACAGGCAAGAUGCGGCCUCUAGGCGAAGCGUUGCGUCCGUUGUGGUCGUUCAUAUCAGUUGUGGUCGUGUGCUCGGUGUGGGUCCACAAGUCGCCAUUACUACCGAAAUACGAUUUACGUAUGCUGUUCCUCUUGAUUGGGACCGUGUUUAGCAAUGUAGCGUGUCGCUUAAUAGUGAGUCAAAUGAGCGACCAACGUUGCGAACUCUUCAACUGGCUGUUGUGGCCGUUGUCCGCGGCGGCGCUAGUGUCUUUAUCAUUUCCACUUCUUGAACCAACGUGCUUCUACGCCAUCAUGACUUUGAGCGUAUUAGCGCACAUUCACUAUGGAGCUUGUGUGGUAAGACAAAUGUGUGACCACUUCAGAAUAAGCUGUUUCCAUAUAAAACAGAGGGCUGAUUGACUUUUAGAUGACGAUGCGUGCUAGACAUAACAUUAGCUAACAUAUGUACGCGAUAUCGUAUACAUAAUAUAUCAGUCAUAUACAUUGAGUGGGUAGGGGGACAUUAAAAAUGGUUAAAUAAAUAUGUAUGAACAAAUCACACAGAUUGUGUUAGCCCUAUAGCAAGCUCAGGACUUGCGUUAUAGGAUACUAACUCAAUAAUACUUUAUUUUAUUAAAAAAAAGAUAUUUUUGGCAUAUUAUAAAAUUGAUUAGUUUGCCGCCUAUAGCCUCAUACCGCUUUAUUUUUUUAAAAAUAUUUCUCCGAUUAGGCUUGGAGUACUUUUUCUUUGUGUUGUUCCUCUCUUUUCAUUAUAUGACAUUGAAAGAACGAGACAAUAGAAACUAUUCCGAGGCUAAUCAGAGGAUAACGUUUUUAUUAAUAAGAGGGAUAGGGAUGACGAAAGUAUUUAAUUUGAAGGGCUAUCCUAAUCCUUUUCUAACUAAUAUUUUAAAUGCGAAAGUAAGUUUCUUACCUCUUCACGCUCUACUCAACCAAUCUUCUUGAAAUUUUGCAUACAUGUAGUUUGAAGUAUGGAGUUGAAUAAUUGUUUGAGGAGUGGAAAAGGACAUAGGGUAUCUUUCAUCCCGGAAAAUGUAUGCGGAAAAAAAUCUAGUAAUAUAUAAAAACACUUUAUUAAUUAAUUGUGUGAAUAUAGCAAACUCUAAUCAGAAUCAUUUCAAAUAUUUGUUUAUAUCCAUUUUUAAUUUCCACUACUCAUACCCUCUGUUUUUUCUUACAACCCCUAACAUGUAAACAAUUAACAGUAUUUAUUGAAAAUAAAUCAAAUAUUAGUACAGACCUAUACAUUCUAAAGUUAAACAUUUAUUAACCAUAAAAGUAAUUUCCUAAAGAGUAUGUUUUAAUUUAUUUUAAAUCAUUGAAAAUAUCAUAAAAAUGACACAAUAUGAUAAUCUAACUCUUGUAAGAAAAAUUAAGUUUAUGUAUUGAUAUUUAAUUAAAUACAUUUGUAUUUUAUUUUGUGGACGUUUAAUAAUUUAUUUCUUUUAAAUUAUUAAAUCCGAUCAAAAUUAUGUAUGAAUCAGUACAUUAUACAUCAAAGUGCAUUAUGUUAAAUGGAAAGCUUAUGUUAUGUUUUAAUAAAGACGGUACACAAGAUUAAAAUGACGAUGUCACAAAUUUAAUAAAUAGGCAAUAAUCAAGUGAUCGUAUAUAAUCAGUAUUUGAAAAUAGCCUAAGUAUCAACAAAGUUUAAACAAAUAAUAGACAAUACUUUUUUUAAAGUUUUUUUUUUAUUACUUCCUAUUGUGUCUAUUUUUUGAGCACUACAAGUUAUUGGCUUGUAGUGCUCAAAAAAUAGAUGACUAAUGGUUUUUUUUUUGUUUGAUGUAAUAUGCCAUAGAUUUUAUUUUUAUAACUAAACCAGAAAUUGUGUACAUUCUUUUUUUUUUGGCAAAAUUAGCACGCAUUGUCCUUGGUUUAUUAAUUUUUAUUUUAAGAGUAAUUUAGUUUAUUUUAAACAUAAUUGAAUAGGCCAAAUGUUGAGAAGUUUUCCAGCUACGGUGCCUUUAAGUUGGAAAAUUUUACAAUUUUUUCACUAGGACAUGUGAAUAUUUGGGCUUGACAUAGUUUGAGCUCAAAUAUUUAAUAAGACGUCUAAAGUUUUUGGACAUGUCUGGCUGUUAUUAUAAUAUUAUAUAAUAAAAUACUAUUAUUAUAAGUACUAGUAUUUUAUUUAAAAUACUAAUAUUACUUCUAUUUUAUUUUGCAAAUGGUUUUGUUUUGUUACGUUAAUAACUUUAUUAUUUUAAUAUCUUAAUAUGUUCGUCAGUAGAGUAAUUUCACGUCAGUUUGGAAUUCAACGUUGUACUCAUACAGGUAAUGCUCAAAAUUGUAUUAAUUUUAGAGUGAAUCAAUAAUGGCGAUAAGAUAUCACUCUACAAAUGAUUUGAGCUUUAUACCUAUGAGUUCAAAGGUUAAGUUCGCCUACGAAUUGUAACGCGGCGUAAUAAUUACGCUCGUGCGAACGCGGCGUAAUAAUUACGCCCCACCGAACGCGGCCUAAAUGUAUUAUUGAUCGAACGUUGUAUUAAAAUUAAAGUACAAAAACUGACUUUAAUCCUAUUUAUGAUUAGAUGUAUUUAAAGGUUAAAAUCCUGGACAGAAUGUGUUAUAGUAGGUACAAAAUAAACAAGCAAAGAUAUCUGGAUAUAUAAUUAAAAAAAAAAACAAAUCGAUCGAGAAAUCUUUUAUUAACUCAUGCCAUAAAUAUGAAACAGAAUAAAAAAAAUAUAUUUAAAAGUGAAUUUAAAAACGCAAUAUUUUUGCCACCUUUAUAUAUAAAAUGGUACGGGACCCUUCCUGGGCGAUUCUGACUCACACUUGGCUGUUUUUUUUUUAUAUUUUUUUUAUUAAUAUUUGCAUCUAUACCUACUAUACCCAAAGAUGUCUAACGAUCUAUGUAAAAGAAAAGUAUUUUGAUCAAUAACCGUUUAUUCAUAUAAUACAUUGCCUUUAUUUAUUAGAUCAACUUAAUAGGGUAGAUGACAAGGUCAGAAAAUUGUAAAAAAAAUAUAUAUAUGCUCUAGAUAAAAUAGGUAUAUUUAAGAUCAUUGUGAUAAUUCAUAGACUGUAACAAUUCCGCUGGAUCAUUAUACGAAUAUUUAAAGUUGGUUGGAAAGUCCAUUUAAAAAAGUAAUAAAAUUAUAAAAAUAAACUCAACCAUCAUAAAAACAAUUUGUUUUAAACAACUUUUAUUAAAAAGUCAUAACCACAAAGGCAAUAAUUAAGAUAUCUGUCGAACAAACAUAGCUAUUUCCGCUAUGAUAUUACUCAAUCGUGACGUCACGUUAGAGUAUCAUUUAGUAUUGACGAGUCAGAAAAUGUGUGAUUUUUUGUCUAUGUUUGACAGCAUUGUCAUUAUCACAGUAAUUCAUUUACUGGUGUUUCUAAUAAUAUAUAGCCUUCGAAUAGCUACCAAAAUAAAAAUUUGUCAUCUUCCCUAUUUUUUCGAAACUAUUAUUAAAUGUAGGUAUUUAGAAAAAUCCUAAUUAAAUUGAAAUCAUUGUAUGCACUUGUAUUUCUGUAGAAAUCUCAUGGGUAAAUAAUGUUAAGUGUUUUAAUGUUUUUAAGUUAACCUAAAAACUGCAAAGGUCGCUACAUUCUUUCUUUUAAUUAUUUUUUAUUUAAGAAAAUUUGUACCUGCUUUGCAACUUAAAUUAGACCCCAAUUUGGUCAAUUAAUUAUUUUAAAAAAGCUGCAUGUAUAGUGUUGUGUAUUUUUUUUUGUAUUUUUUUGUGGCUGUAUAGUGUUGUGAGUGUAAAAAUGUAGAGAUCGCGUCAACUAUCAAUGACAGAUCGGUCACUUGUUGUUGUCAGCGAUUGUAGCGCCGUGUCCAGCGACUUUUUUCAUGGCGCGGACUCUAGUAAUACUAAAAUCGUAAUCACAGUAUUUAUUUUUUAUUUAAGUCAUUGAAAGUAAGUAGAUUAUAUCAUUAACCCGAUUUUGUUUUUGUCUUUUUUUUUACACAGUAUUUUUUUUUACAUCUGUUGUUAUAGGUAUUUAUUUCCAAAGCGGCUGUUUGAUUGUCUUGUAUUUUUUUAAAUAGUAUUUUAAUUUAGGUGUGACAAUAAUAUUUUGUCUGCGAAAUAUUUGUGACUUCACUUAACAAACUUCCCAAUCAUGCCAUUUUUUAUUAAUUGACACUAUACCCAUAUACUUACGAUACAAUUUGGCUCACACAGGCUUUGGGAAUACCUGACCUAUCUCAGGAUAAAUUUAUUUGUGGCAAAAAACCCCUAUUUAUUAAGCGAAUAAUCUAACAUGUAUUAAUAAGCAUAAGUAUUAUCAUACAAAAGAUAAAGUGCCUGUUAAAGAAUCGUUAAUGGAAAAUGACAAUUUUGACAGUACCUAACAGAGUGAGACAAAAAAAGCAGGUUAAUCUGUCAAAGUUGAUGAUUUUCGUUCGCCUUAUAUUUUUCCCAUUGACAUAGAUAGAUUUAUAAAUUUUAGUGUCAUGUAGUAAUAUGUCGAUAAUCAAACAAAAAAUUGUAUUGUAAUAUAAAAUAAAUCAAAAGCCAUGUGCUAGUUUGCAAUUCGAUUUCGAUUCGGGUUGCCAGAUCCAUGCUUAUAAUUUCCUGGACAUGUCAUGUGAGCUAAGAAUGAGAACUAGGUAUCUAGAAUCGUUGGCUGUUCAACAAAAUUUUUUUUUUACUUUCUUAAACAGUUCAGUUGUACAUGAUGUAAUGAGAUGUAGUUUGUUUAUAUUAGUGCUAUUACUUCGCUGGGUACUAAUAACAAUGUUUUAAAAAUGUUUUUCACAAAAUCUAGCAUUUGUGAAUUUUGGGACACCAAAUUAAAAUUACUGGACAUGGGACAACACACAAUAUUCUGGAAUAAUCCUUGAUUUCCCAGCCCUGGCAACCCUACUGAUAGUCUACAUUUAGUCUAGACUAAGAGACUGCUUUUACACAAUGACAGAUGCUUCUCAUUGUAUAUUCAUGUUUCACAAAAUAUAUUUAAUUAUAACAA